ACCCGUGCUUGUGUUAUUGUGGACGCCAUACGGUCAGUCCUGAGACCCUACCGUCCGUGUCCACGCUCGUUAGUGGCUGACGUCUGUAAUUAGGAUGGUUUGUGAACUGUAGAUUAGACAGGACAUAUUCUCUGUGUCGUUAUAGCUGGUGUUGUCAGCGCUUCAGAAAUGGAUUGUGGAUUCCAUUCCUGUAAAUACUGGAACGCCAAGGCUGGUACGUGUCACAGACUUAUCAGGAAUUAGUCGGAACAUUCAGUAAUCCUACUCUUUAUUUUCACACCCGUCAUGGCAGUGCCAGACUCACCCAAGAUAGGUAUACGGAUGGCUCAGAACGGAGUGACGUCAGGGGAGGGGGGAAACACCGCUUACGACGAGACCUCCAUCCACAAGACUAUACUGGUAGGGGACAGCGGAGUGGGUAAGACGUCACUACUGGUACAGUUUGAUCAGGGAAGGUUCCAGCAGGGCUCCUUCUCCGCUACAGUGGGUAUAGGAUUCACGAAUAAAGUUGUUGAUGUUGAUGGUACUAAGGUAAAACUACAGAUUUGGGAUACAGCAGGACAAGAACGUUUUCGCAGUAUAACACGAGCUUACUAUCGUGAUGCUAAUGCAUUGCUCCUCCUAUACGAUGUCACCAACAAAAGCAGCUUUGACAACAUAAGGGCAUGGCUGGGUGAAAUUAAUGAGUAUGCGCAGGAAGAUGUUGUAAUCAUGUUGUUAGGUAACAAAUCAGACUCCACUGCAGACCGAGUAAUACGAACAGAGGACGGAGAAAAACUUGCAAGGGAAUAUGGUGUUGCCUUCAUGGAAACUAGUGCCAAGACUGGAAUGAAUGUAGAUUUAGCAUUUAUGGCAGUGGCAAGAGAUUUAAAGAUGAAAAAGACUAGAAAACCGACUGAGCCAAAAUUCAAUGUGGCAGAUUAUGUAAACCAGGAGAAAAAAACAGGGGGCUGCUGUAGUUAGUCUAAUACAUGGAACAGCCAGAGAAAUGCCAGGGGUGACUGCAGGUAUUCCAACUGAUGGCACUGCUAGAGGAAUCCCAGGGAGUGUUUUUUACUAGUCUGAUGGGCAGAGGAACUUUGGGAUGUCCCUUAAGGGAGAUAACCCAGUGGAGUAAUCCCCAUAGUUAAUUACAGAGUAUAUGAGUAUAUAUGAAUAUUAUAUGGCUCAAAUCAAGGAUUCCGUUAUUUGUUAAAUGUUAAUACAUAUUUCAUAGCUUUUGUUUUUUACAAAUUUUUUUAAAAUAUUUUAAUAUAUAAAAUAAGUGCGAGGUUCACGAUUAUUUAUAUAUUUUGUGUUUAUCCUUGAUUUUCUCUGAUAAUGUUUUCAUAACAUACAAACAUAAAUUAUUCUUAUAAACACACUAUGUAAGACUAUUUGUUUCCCUAUAAAAAUUGUUUAAAUGGAUAUUCAAUGUUUCUGUUUUGAAUUUUUCAAUAAAACAUUGUACAUGACAGUUCAUUAAUCCAGUUUAUAUACAUAUUUAUAUUAAAUUACAUAUUUGAUAAAUAACUUUCAUCCUCCAAGUAAACUAAUUUGCCAUGUUGUCCUUCUGUAGAAGUGAAGCCCUGUAGAACAUAAGACAUUGUUUUACGAUUUGAAGUUAAUAUGUUAAAGAAAUGAUGUUGAGUUUUUGUUGUAUUUUUUCUUUGCAUUUAUGAUUAUGUUGUUGUAAGUUUAUAAAAUUGAUUCAUUCAACAUUCCACUUUAAAACAACAACAAUUAUUCCUUUAAAAUUACUGGUCGUAUUUGAUUGUUGGGUUAUAACCCUUGAACUGCAGAGUUAUUUGUAGUGGCUGGCUGCUACUUCACCUGUUGGACCUACACAUACGGUUCACAGCAAUUUGGGUUAAGUGUCGCUGGAUGAUACCUGAUAACUAAUCUGAACUUGGCAGUAUUAUUAAUUCACCUCUCCAACACAAAAAAACUUCUAUUGCUGAAAAUUGAUAUGUCAAACUGAUAAUGUAGUAAAAUUAUAUUUAUAAUCUUCCAUUGGUGUAAUUUGUUAAAGUGUUGAUUUGUAUGUGUAUUGAGGAGAACUAAUCAAGUCUGUGUAAGUGAUGACAGAGCAUUUGUUCUGGUAUAUGUUGUAUAUGUGAGCGUAUAAACAUAUUCAGUAUGUUUGCUUAUUUCUCAAUCAUAAUGUAUUUAUUUUUAUUUAGUGAAUUAGUCUAACUCUACUGUUCAGUAAUACCUGAAUGGAAUAAUGUUGGAGAUGUGUCCAUGACAACUGCAUUUAUGGGUUUGACAUGCUGUAGAUAACCCAAGUAAUACCAUGUUAUAGAUAGGUCAGCUCUAAUGUUUGCUUUGUUUGCUGGUUUAUCAACCUUUGAAUAGACAUUUUCGAGAUAUUGUAGUAGCCGGUGGCUACCUCAUUAAAAAUUAUUGGGUAUGUUAUAUAAGAUACCCAUCACAUAUUAUCCAGAGUAAUUCGGGUUAAUGUUAUAACCGCUGCCCAGAAUGGCUUGUGAUCUUAACUUCAAGAGAUGCAGUUGGAAUUGGACCACAUAGCUUGCAUUAGUAGUUUGAUGCUAUACCAACUGAGCUGCCACUCAUUUAUAUUAUAAUAUUGCUAUCAGAAUUCUGUUUUCAUUGAAAUUUUAAAAGUCUGUUUUCUCUUUGUUGUUUAUAUUGCUAUUUGAUUUCAAAUGUCAUUUAAAGCUACAAGAAUGAUUAAUCUUUUACUAUUUUGACAAGUAUCUGUGUUAGUAUUAAUGCAUAAAUGUGCCAGGGAUUCUACCAGUAAAUCUGCUGUAUAUACUGAUCACUUCUGUCUCGGGUUUUGGCAAAUAUUCAUAUUGUUAACAUUAUACACAUGUCACAUAGUUUAGCUGUCAUUUACAUCUUUGUUUAGUUGAUUUUUACAGAAUGGUUUCAGUUAUACUAUUUUAACAACUACUGCAAUAUUAAUUUUUUGAGGAAAUAUUUUGUGAGAAAGCAACCAACCAUUUUAUACACCUGAGUGUGUGCUUUACACAGUCCAACGGCAUAUAUAGUGGUCAGUUUAACAAGCUGACCAAUUUCUAAUCUGGGCAUAACAGAGGUAUUUAUUUUUCUAAAACGUGAGAUGAAGUGUCCGACAAUCUCUGUAAAAUAAAUCUCAGGACUUCAAUAACACUAGAACCCCUUUAAACCCUUAUGGUAAUGUGAGAAUCAGAAAUAAUGGCACCUCCUGCAGCAUAACACAUCACAUGUUUUAGUUGAUUAUAGCCCUAUAAAUGAUGUUGUGAAGUGGUAUAUUUUGGAAUCUCCCAUAUAAAUAUAUGUGACACCAGCUUUAGGUAUUGACUAUUCCAAUGAGCUCAAAGUGUUACACUGCUGUGAAAUAUUGUAUUCUAAUUGUCACAAGGAUUGUAUUGUGCUAGGUCUGGUUAUAAUAGUCUUUUUUUCUCCACAUAACACCUGGUCUAAUUCUUCUCAUUUAUAUCAAUAAAAGGUUUACAUGUGCAAUCCUUCCUAAUAGCUGUAAUUCCAAUUAUCAGUUUAAGGUUGCACCAAGAGAAAUUUUGAUAUUUUUCUAGAAAUCUUAGAUUUAAUUUCCUUAGAAAUAUACUAUAUCCAUGUAGUAACGAUUCUCAUGUUUCUUGGUUACUAUGUGUUACCUGGUAACUGUUCUUGUAUUAUUUGGUUACUAUGUGUUACCUGGUAACUGUUUUUGUAUUAUUUGGUUACUAAGUGUUACCUGGUAACUGUUCUUGUAUUAUUUGGUUACUAUGUGUUACCUGGUAACUGUUCUUGUAUUAUUUGGUUAAUAAGUAUUACCUGGUAAAGUUUCUCAAAUUAUUUGGUUACUAUGUGUUACCUGGUAACUGUUAUUGUAUAACUUAGUUACUAAGUCCCCCUACGUAAACUUGGUUACUGGUUGUUACACUGGUAACUUGACUAGUGUUACACUGGUAACUUGACUAGUGUUACACUGGUAACUUGACUAGUGUUACACUGGUAACUUGACUAGUGUUACACUGGUAACUUGACUAGUGUUGCCUGGUAACUUGACUAGUGUUGCCUGGUAACUUGACUAGUGUAACACUGGUAACUUGACUAGUGUUACACUGGUAACUUGACUUGUGUUACACUGGUAACUUGACUAGUGUUACACUGGUAACUUGACUAGUGUUACACUGGUAACUUGACUAGUGUUGCCUGGUAACUUGACUUGUGUUACACUGGUAACUUGACUAGUGUUGCACUGGUAACUUGACUUGUGUUACACUGGUAACUUGACUUGUGUUACACUGGUAACUUGACUAGUGUUACACUGGUAACUUGACUAGUGUUGCACUGGUAACUUGACUAGUGUUAUUACUGGUAACUUGACUAGUGUUACACUGGUAACUUGACUAGUGUUACACUGGUAACUUGACUUGUGUUACACUGGUAACUUGACUAGUGUUAUUACUAGUAACUUGACUAGUGUUACACUGGUAACUUUACUAGUGUUACACUGGUAACUUGACUGGUGUUACACUGGUAACUUGACUAGUGUUACACUGGUAACUUGACUAGUGUUACACUGGUAACUUGACUAGUGUUACACUGGUAACUUGACUAGUGUUACACUGGUAACUUGACUAGUGUUACACUGGUAACUUGACUAGUGUUACACUGGUAACUUGACUAGUGUUACACUGGUAACUUGACUAGUGUUGCCUGGUAACUUGACUAGUGUUACACUGGUAACUUGACUAGUGUUACACUGGUAACUUGACUAGUGUUACACUGGUAACUUGACUAGUGUUACACUGGUAACUUGACUAGUGUUACACUGGUAACUUGACUAGUGUUGCCUGGUAACUUGACUAGUGUUACACUGGUAACUUGACUAGUGUUGCCUGGUAACUUGACUAGUGUUACACUGGUAACUUGACUAGUGUUACACUGGUAACUUGACUUGUGUUACACUGGUAACUUGACUAGUGUUACACUGGUAACUUGACUAGUGUUACACUGGUAACUUGACUUGUGUUACACUGGUAACUUGACUAGUGUUAUUACUGGUAACUUGACUAGUGUUAUUACUGGUAACUUGACUAGUGUUACACUGGUAACUUGACUGGUGUUACACUGGUCACUUGACUAGUGUUACACUGGUAACUUUACUAGUGUUACACUGGUAACUUGACUUGUGUUACACUGGUAACUUGACUAGUGUUAUUACUGGUAACUUGAUUAGUGUUACACUGGUAACUUGACUAGUGUUAUUACUGGUAACUUGAUUAGUGUUACACUGGUAACUUGACUAGUGUUGCCUGGUAACUUGACUUGUGUUACACUGGUAACUUGACUAGUGUUGCCUGGUAACUUUGUAAUUUGUUCCACUCUGUCCUGUACCUUCACUUUACUUUAGUUUAUUUUCAUAAAUGUACUAAAUGUGACUGUAUAGUGUUACCCAGUGAAGGAGGAAUAUAACGGUUGUGAAUAUUGUGAUUGAUAGAUUAAUUGAUGUGGUAUGAACUCUUUUAUUAGUUCUAACAUAUAUCCCACUUUAUCUUAUUCUCAUACACAUGUUGUACAUACAGAGGGUGUAGUUAUCCAGGAACUAGCUACAUAGAAAUUAUCUUUUAGUUCCGUUAUCUACUGUACUGUGUUCGGAACCGUGUCUAGGUAGAAAAAGUUUGUAAUGAAAUGUUGCUACUAGGUAUUGUCAUUAGUCAGUCCUUAAAAGGUUUGUAAUCCAAACUUUAGAUGUUGGCCAUGUCAUUGGCUUAUCAUUUUCCUGCUGGACACUGUUAUUCACUUUUUCAAAUACCUGUGCAAUAUAUUUUACUAGCCAACAGUACAAACCUUUGAUUAAAUCCAGCCAGAUUGUAUGAAUGAAGUUCAGCUCUCUCUUCUUUCUUUUUUU